UUGGGUGGCGAUGCCUGGUUUGAGUGAAGUGAAAUGGCUUCGACCUGCAGAUUUACUGAGAGAACAAGGAAACAAUGAUAAGCCUGCUUACUGUACAGAUGGUAUGUCACGAUUUGACUUUGCACAAGGCAAAGUGGGUAACUCCUGGUUUUUGUCUGCAAUGUCUGCACUGACCUUCCAAAAAAACCUGAUGGAACAAGUUGUGCCAAUGGACCAGUCCUUUGAGGAUUAUGCAGGAAUAUUUCACUUCAGGUUCUGGAGGUUUGGAAAGUGGGUAGAUGUUGUCAUUGAUGAUUAUCUGCCAACGAUCAACAAACAGUUUCUGUCUGUGUACUCAAAAUGUGGAAAUGAGUUCUGGGCUCCUCUGCUGGAGAAGGCAUAUGCCAAAGUUUGUGGUUCAUAUGCAGACAUGCGUGGUGGGUCAUCAUCAGAUGCCUUCAAAGAUUUCACUGGAGGCGUUUACCACUGUCACAAUUUCGCGAUGGACAAUGCACCGAGCCAUGAGGAGCUUUGGCUGACACUAAACAGAGCCACUAAGUGUAAAUCACUGAUUUGCUGUGUGUCUUGGCCAGAGGCAGAUAAAUUGGCCAACACUGGACUGCUGGUUGGGCGUUACUAUUCUGUCACAGGCAUCACUGAGGUGAAGUUAAACGACUCCAAAGUAAGACUGGUGCGAGUCAUGAAUCCAUGCGGCACAAGGGGGUGGAGCGGAAAAUGGAGCGACAAGUCAGAUAUGUGGGACAAAGUAGAGCCAGAAGUUCGAAAAAUGUGUUUCGACCGUGACGAUGGGGAGUUCUGGAUGGAGUUUGAGGACUUUUGUUCCCAUUUUUUGAAGGUAACCAUCUGCUCUGAGACCCCUAACUUUCUUGAUGGAGACUUUAAAUGUCAGUGGAAAUGCAUGAUUUAUGACGGCAGCUGGGUAGCAGGGAUCUCUGCAGGUGGCAAGUGGAAUGACCCCACCUUUGCAACAAACCCUCAGUAUCGCAUCCAGGUGAGCGUUAUUGACAAGGAGGAGCCAGGAGACAAAAAUGUCUUGGUCUCCCUGUUGCAGAAACCUCUUCAGGAGCAUCGCAGACAGAUGAAAAUCGAAGAUGUGUUAAUUCUCAUCUUUAAGGUCCCACCAGGGACCCCACAAGGACGCCUGGGAUCUGAUUUCUUUAAACCCAACAGUUUUGUAGAGGCACCAACCCAUUAUCGAGAUUUCAUAGAGGUGAUUGAACUCUACAGUCUGGAACCUGGAGAGUAUGUGAUCGUCCCGUUCACGUGUAAACCCAACAUCACUGCAGACUUUGUUCUUACUGUCUACACCAAAGCUGAUGCCAAGAUCAGGCCCUGUCAAUGAGGUGAAGAUGAAAAAAAGACCAUCUGUAACUGCUCAUGAAGCUUAUUCCUUUUGAUGUUCGGAGUAGAAUAAAGGGCCAUGCUCCAACUCCAACAGGUUUAGAUGAUGGCUGAAGCAGGUCUAUUUUGUGUAUUUGAAGGUCUGCAUGAAUUUUGCCUAUGUGUGUUUUAACUUCUUGUCUUUCUGCAUCUUCAAGUUAAGUUUCUGAUUUCCUUUCUAACUGCCUUUUCAUCUUCUAAAGUUAUAAGUAUUUGCUCUAGGACAUGAGUUUCUUGUGUACUAUGCUCCAUUGCAAUGUUUCGAACUGACAACUCAGAACAAUAAAAGGAAACUUAACUAGAGUACAAUACCAUAAAUAUCAAACAUUAGCACAUUAGUUAACUUUCAAUACAGGAAUAAAUGUACAUAUCUGCGCAAUACAAUUUUCACUUUUCUUUUUUUUAAUUCUCCUUUUUUCUUAACUCAACUGUAACUCAUUCUAACCUGGUAUACUUAUGGCGUUGUGAAUCACUGUAAAACUGCACAGUUCCAAAAUGUUGCCUUUGUCCCCUUUAAUUCACCCAGAGUGGGUGACUGCAGUUCAGAUGUCUAGGACUCACAGUCUGCAAUUCCACACGGGCUGCUGUCCUGGAAGCAUGACGUGCAGGGCUCUGGCUGCUCACUCCUUAACAGGCCACGUUUUCACUGUAACUGCUCCUGAAAAUUAUUCUUUUUGAUGUUCGGAGUAGAAUAAAGAGCCAUGCUCCAACUGAUGUUUAACCAGUAUCUCACUUCAAUGAAAAACACAGAUAUUAUGUUAGCAAAAUUAAAUUAUAAACCAAAUAAAACGUACAAACAAAGUAAAAUACACAAACAUACUGUAUGUGCCUGUUAAAAAAUAAAUAUAUAUUCUUAGUGCUUAUUAUUAUAUUGUUUUAUGUAUUUUAAUAAGAGAGGCCUUUAGAAAUCAAGCCCAGACGAGACAAAACUAGGUCGCAGGCUGACAGGAAACUGCUUGAUUUUGCAGAGCACAGGAGGUGCAGACAGAAAGUGAAACUAAGCAGAGUGCACUCCAGAGUUGUUUUUAUCGAAACUUAGUGUGUGACGUGCAGCGGAAAUAUAUAUAUAUAUAUAUAUGUAUGUAU